CAGCCAGAUUUCUUUCUUACCUUUUUUUUUUUUUGCAAAAGGAAAGAAUUUGGACAUUUUCCUAGCAGUUACACACUUACAGCCGAAUGUUCAUCAUAACAUGCUUUACUCAACAUGCUUCAAUGCCAUUUUAUUUUAAAUUCUGAAAACAUACUCGUAAAUUAUGUCUCUUUUUGCGCCACAUAUCACAAUUGUCGAUAACAGAAAAGGAGACAGUUAAUUAGGGUUUAGGACUAGACGGGGGAUUAUGUUUUAGUGUAGCGCGCGUCAGCAUUCCGUCUCUUUACUGAAGUGGGCGAGACCGGAGUGGAAGAAGGGCGUCUUCUGAGAUACCGUAGGCCAGAGACUUGCUGCAAUAGCCUACCUCGCCAUAUCCUUUUGAAUGUACAGCGGACGCCGAGCGCAGGCAUCCUGAGUCACUUCCCUGGCGCUGACACAUUCCUGAGCGCCGGACUGCCCCUGAGCUCAGCUGAUUAAUCCGUCUCUCCUAUGGUUUUCUGCGUACAAAAUGGCGGUGUCGGCUACGGAAAGGGACGCAAUUAAUACAGACGAUGAUCGGCUGAACAGUUCAUUUGGAAAUCCCGGUCUAAUAUCUCCGGACAAAGAAGAUACGCGACAGCUGGCAGUUCCUUUCAGUGGUCGUAUCAGAGGUGGGAUGAGACCGGGGAAGAAGAUCAUUGUGAUGGGGAUCAUAGAUCCUGAGCCAGAGAGCUUCGACAUCAGCCUGACGUGCGGCUGCGGCUCGGGGGAGAAGCCCCCCGCGGACGUGGCCCUGGAGCUGAGCGCGAGGUUCGAGGACCGGCAGUUCCUGCGCAAGGCCCGCGUCUCCGGGGCCUGGGGCGAGCCGGAGACGCCCAUCCCCUACUUCCCCUUCAUCGAGGACCAGCCUUUCCGGAUCGAGAUCCACUGCGAGCACCAGCGCUUCCGGAUAUUCGUGGACGGGCACCAGCUCUUUGACUUUUACCACCGCGUGGCGUCCCUGCCCGCCAUCGACACGAUACGGAUAAACGGGAGCCUGCAGAUCACCAAGCUGGGCUGACCCGGCCCGUCGCCCGUCCGCGGGGGGAAGGGAGAGCUCUCGCCCAGGUGAAGACUUGCGUGUCUCUCCCAACACAUCGUCCAAAGCUGCCAUACAGCGGGCUGAGAAAAAAAAUACAUUCACGAUGACAUCACCGUCUCUAACCACGCCCCUCACACCCCCCCCCCCCACCCCCCCACCCCGCCCCCGCAUUCACUCACGUGUUCCAAAGUCUACUGGCUGACUUUAGAUUUUUCAUAUCUCAUAUCUGGGCACGUUGCCUCCCUCUCUAAGCUUGCGGACAAGCGGUUGCAUUGUGCAGUGGCUUGUCUUGGCCGUAAGAAAAAACGUUUUUUGCAUAACUAGUCGGUUUGUUUUGUCAGGGACAACACAAUGUAACGUGUGCAAAUGCUGGCAGAGCACACUUCCGGAACAGUUCAAUUUCUGAAGAAAAUAAUAAUUGAAUGCAUUUUUCUUUUGUGUUAAUGAAAACGCGUACGCCGUAAAAUGUCCAGUGUUUACUCAGCUCUUAACAGAGUACAUGUGAGUCCAGUAGGAACACUCUGUACGCUGUAAGAGCUGAUUUAACACCGAGCAUUUUACUGUGUAGGUUCUCAGGAAUAAAAUAUCUACAGAUGUAUUUAUUUGUCUAAAUGUAUUUAAUAAUCAGUGAGGAAGAAGACAAAUGGUAGACUAUUUAUGAAGAGUUAUAAGUCGGGAUCUGUUUAGGAUUGGAGUGUAAGAUGUGUUCAAACAAAAGUAACCCUUCCUAACUGUACUUCAAAAUGAAGAGCUGCAAUUUAAAUUGAGUCAACUGAAGUAAAAGCAAAUAGGAUAUUGAAUCAGCACCAUAGUUAUAUUGUGAAGUCUCUUAUCAAUAUGUAGCAGUUUUUUUUUUUUGUUAAUGUUGUAGAUAUGAAAUUAAUCAGCGCAUAUCGUUACAAUCUUUUUUUUCCUCAUUGCCGUUGAUUUCCUGCACUGAUUCAAAGGUGCGCUCUGGAGCACUUGUCUCUUUUCAAGUAGAGCUGUCUUUUCAGAGUCCUAAUAAUGGCGAACAGACUCUUGAUGUUUCUCUUGAUGGGGUUGGUUUGAGAAACCACUACACUAAAUGAUCGACUCACCCACUAAUGAAGAAUUACCAGCCGGCACUCGAGCGAAUGCCCUUUUGCUUCUCAGUGGCUUGUUGGCGUUUGUCGAGGACUAUUCAUUAAGAACAGGGUUAAAUAUGCAAUUAGAGGGUUCAAUUCCCCCAAAGCGGCCAUCACUUGACUGUUAUUAACUUUGUUGAACAGUACUUUGAAUGUACAGUGGAAUGUUGCGUACUUCAUGAAAGUAUUUGAAAAAUGAGGACACGAUAGUGGUUUUAUCACAGCUUUGAUUAUGUACAUACCCAAUGUGGAUGAAGCAGGCAUUUUUAUAAUGCAACCACUCUCUUUUCACUUAUGAUUUCCCACUCGAGCAGAUAAAUAAACUGCAUACACCAUGGCAUUAGUUAGAAACUGCAGUGUCACAAGUGUUUGUAAUUCAUAUUACAAAUUAACGAGUAUUUCCUUCUUUCAAAGUUUACAGGCAGUUCCAAUAACGCUUUGUGAUUGUGAUAGUUUAAAAAAAAAAAAAACUGAGAUACAGGGUUGUGUGUUCUUUGAAUGUCUCUUCUUGACCUGUAAUUGAGGUAAGCGGGUGGGAUUUGUUGUGUAGUUAUGGGCGAAGAAUUUCUUGCCUUCCUCUUUUUUUAAAAAUCAGCUACUUAAAAACUUUGAAUUUCCUUUUUACAGUCAUUCCAUACAGUACUGUAGCACAGACAUCCUUGUUCAUGCAGUAUACUGCAUUGUUCAUGUCUUUUUAUUAGUCUGUCGGCAAACACGGGGUGUUUACUGCUGACAGAGGCUGGUCGUGUCUCAGCUUUAAGCCCUUGUCCUUGGUUCACCUGCCGAAAUGAUGCUACAGGACGCGGGAAAUCACCGGAUGUGAGGUGCUUGCGUCUUCGCUUCUUGUUUUUAGUGCAUGCGCUGACCUGGUGAUAGGCCUUCUGUUUGCAUUCUUAAUACAACAACCGCAGUCCUACAGUGCGUUCCCACUGGAAAUCUAUUAAUAGUAUAUGAAUAACUCUUCUUCUGCAAGGUUCUGGAAAAGUUUUCUCUAAAAGAACGGCCAGUGCUUGCGUAUUUCUCUUCGGGAAGUUCCUGCUUUGUUUUUUUUUUUUGAGUGUUUGAUGAGAUCGGGUACUGCGGGGGUGUAUGACAGAGUUUGAAUACCGUGUUAUCGCUUCUGAUUAUACUGGCCUGUGCCCGUGACCGUUAGUAGCCAGGUCGCGCACAGCUGCGGAAAGCGGAGAUCGCGGGUUAUUGUAAGCCGGUGCGCGUGCACUCCCCUCUCCAUUCGUUGACACGUAACCGGAGACGUGAUUGGGGUUGAUUAAGUGCAUUGUUUAGCCCUUGUCUGGUCCUCCGCCGUCUCUAGUUUCUCUAUCGGGAUCAACCAGCUGACCGAUACUCUUCCUGUGGGAGGAACUCAGCUUUUAAUUUUUUUUUUUUUUUUUGAUGCAUUCUUUUUUUAUAUUUUUUAUUACUGGGUUACAGAAGAUGGUGGCUGCUGGACUCUGAUCGUUGUUGUUGUCGCUGUUAAUCAGCCGUCUCUGGACAGACUCCAUUCCUCUUUUUGACUGGAAAUAAAGUUCAGUGUACUGUGGAUAAGUUGUGACAUACGUACUAUAAAAGGUUGCAAAAAAUAAAUAUGUCCAUUCCCAGCUUUGGAUAUAUCGAUUUGUUUGAAAGUGCGAGAUUGAAAACAUUUCCUUGCCCCCAUGACCAGUUUUCUGUUUGUGAAUUCUGGUUAAUAAAUAAUAAUAAAUAUUACACUGUCACAUGCAGUUUGGAUUAAGAGUGGCCAUCUUGAAAGUGUCUGUGCUCAUGUGUGCCAGACCUGGGUCAAAUAAUUAUUUUACAUACUUAAACCUUUCAGUCAAAACUCUGGGAUCUGGAGGAGUGUUUACACAUUUUACCAGCCUCUAAAGAGUUUUUAAGUUUUUCAGAUAUGCGUUUGAGGUCUAAUGCCUGAACGCACAUGUAUGAAAAUACUAAAAUCCAUAUCAUUUUAUAGACUUGUGCACACGGCCAAAAAAACCGAGAGAAACUCAUCUUCCCCCAUCUCUUAUUUUUCCUGGUUUCCAUUUAAUGCUCCCCUGGUGAGUCUAAACAUUUCACUUGAGCAGCUAAAGCAAUGACCCGCCUUGAUGAAUGCAUUAUUGAUCGUCGUAGGCAGUGUGGAAUAGGUGGUAGGAGUUUUUCAAAAAAAAAUUUAUUCUGCUUAUUUUUUUAAACCACAAAGGGUUUUUUUAAUGGCAGGAAAAACACAAGAAAGCGCUACUGACAAGCUAACAGGACACACCCCAGCAGUGUUCUUGAGCAGUGUUUCCCGAUCUGUGGGUCAGGAAAGGGGUUGAGUUGGGUUACGAGAUGCAUUUUGGAUAUAUGAUGCUAUUUACAGUGUACAUGCUCUGGUUUUGACAUAUCAUAAAAAAAAAAUUUUUUUUAAAUGUCAUUCCAUAUUUUAAAACACCAUAAGCUGCUUUUUAAUAAGGUGUGAACCACGGGAAGUGUAUUAACUCAUUAAGGGGGGUGCCGGUCUAUGGAUUUUUAGGAACUGCCUAGUUUUUAUUUUGUGCUGUUUUUUUGAUGCAUCAGCUGAGCAGUUUUGUAAUAAUGUAGAUUAGAUCAUGGAUCAUGUGACUGAGGGGAGGGAGGAGGAGGAGGAGGGGGGAGGGAGCGGGAGGGGCGGAGGGAGGGGGGAGUGUGUUCACUGUGGUGCUGCUGCUGUUUACACAAGAACGUCCUGUAGGUCUGGACCUCAGAGAGAUAAGAGAUAAGAGCAGGAAGGCUUGGCUUGCGUUCUUAUGCUCGUUUUCAGAACAGGCUUUAAAAAGGGCCAGUUAGAUUCAUUCUUUACCCUAAUUCUCCUGAACCCAAUUGUAGGCCAACAUCCACUGAAUUACAGUAUAUUGCCUACAAUAAGAAAUCCUAAACAAUUGAAAAGUGUGUUUUUCCUCACUUGAAUUUUUGAAGUAGUUUGAAGAUUUUAAAAAAGUUUACAUUUUUGUAUUUUAAACACAUAUGUUACAAGUUGAAAGCGACAAAAAUAGCUGGAAUGUACCUGUACGAACUAUAUUACUGCAACUAGUUUUAAAUGACCCAACAGUGUGGUUGAAGUGUUGACUGGAUUAUCGCAGACCUUCUAUUACUUGGUAGGAAAAACUGUGUUUCGGAGCAGGGGACAGCGAGUACAGUAGUCCGGAUUGUAAUAAAGCAUGAACUUUCUUUGUUCUCAUCACCCUCAAAUAAGUAUUGUGCUAUUAUUGACACUACAUCGAAAAGGGCCUCAAAACCAGGUCUUGUCAGUUCAAAUGAAUGUCACUGGCUCUGGCUACACGCAAGUGUGGCUCUGUUAAUUGUUGUACAAUCAUGAUUCUUUUUUUUUUUUUUCCUCAGUGGUAAUGAAUGCCUUUUCCAUCUAUGAAGUAGGUACAGUGAGCAUGUUAAAAUGUGGCAUAAUGCAAGGAAGACAAUACAGUACAUUUCUUUGUGACCAAAUUAUUUAACCAAUCGGCUUCAUAAGACGCAUUUCUCAAGGCUAUAAUUAGCUAGUUAAUUCAUCAUUAUGACAGGCACUUGCAUAAAGUAAGUGUGUGACCAAAUACAGAAAUUGAAUGAUAUACAAAAGAAAUGUUGUACUCAUGUAUAAAUUGCAAACCCAAUGACGUCUUUUCCAGAUCUGGUGGCGAUUGUUGUUCCAGCAAUGUAUAGAGUUACCUUGCAUUGUACCAUAAUAGUGCAGCUAUGCUUUCUGUACAAAUAGCCUUUCUGUAAAUAGGCUCAAUUUCCACUUGUAGCCUGACUGAGUGAACGGACCAUAGAGGUGCUAUUAUUUUUUUAUUUAUUUAGUUUUAGUUUUGUUUUUAUUCUGUCAUCUCCUCCUCAAUAAAGUGCAAAUUUGUGAAACCAUU